CUUAUACUCCUGUUGCCUGCGUCGUAUUCGUUGUUUCCUUCUUGCUUUUUCUUCCUAUAAUUCUCUUUGACACUGAAUGAACGUCUGCCGCCCAUCAUGGCAAUCACUCUCACUGCCGAACCGCCAGUUAACCCCCCUGCACCCGAGGAAGAGGAGCUCUACUCAUCUUGGGCACUCUUCAUUCUUUGCAUCCUCCUCAUCGGCGCGCUGUUCACGAGCUAUUACCUACAAAUAAAGAGGAUCAGAGCCGUACACGAGACCGUAGUGUCGAUUUUUGCCGGGAUGGUUGUCGGUCUCAUCAUACGCUUAUCACCCGGCCAUCUGAUAAGAGAAAUGCUCACGUUCAAACACACCCUCUUCUUCAACCUUCUCCUUCCACCCAUCAUCCUCAACUCGGGUUAUGAGCUCAAACAAGAGAACUUCUUUCGCAACUUUGGGUCCAUCCUCACCUUUGCUUUUCUCGGAACAUUCAUCAGUGCUGUAGGCAUUGGGCUCCUCACCUACGUCUGGUCCAUGCUUGGUCUCGAAUCCCUUCGCCUGACACUACUCGAAUGCCUCACGUUCGGUACCACCCUGAGCGCGACGGAUGCAGUGACGAUCCUCGCGAUCUUCAACUCGUACAAAGUCGAUCCCAAGCUGUACAGCGUUAUCUUUGGGGAGAGCAUCCUGAACGAUGCAGUAUCCAUUGUCAUUUACGAUACCCUGACACAGUUUCAUGGUGAGGAGGUCCGCAUCGCUUCCCUCUUUCAUGGUACGGGCAUCUUCCUGCUCAGCUUCAGCAUCAGCAUGUUCCUUGGCGUGAGCGCGGGAUUAGGAUGCAGUCUCAUGCUGAAGCACUCGAGUCUGAACAUGUACCCGGGGAUUGAGAGCUGCUUGGUUGCGCUCGUGGCAUAUACUAGCUAUUUCCUAUCGAACGGGUUGAGCAUGAGUGGCAUCGUAUCCCUCCUCUUCUGCGGUAUCACUCUGAAGCACUACGCAUAUCACACCAUGUCUAAACGCACGCAACGCACGACCAAGUACAUGUUCCAAGUCCUCGCCCAGCUUUCUGAGAACUUCAUCUUCAUCUACCUCGGCCUCAACCUGUUCACUCAGGACAUCCAAGUCUUCAAGCCUCUGUUCAUCAUCGUCUCUACCAUCGCUGUUCUCGCAACAAGAUACCUCGCCGUGUUCCCCCUUUCCACGAUCAUCAACUUCAUUUACCGUGCGCGUGGACAGCGGCAAGAAGAACUCCCGCACUCGUACCAGAUGAUGCUGUACUGGGCCGGGCUGCGUGGAGCAGUCGGAGUUGCGCUCGCAGCCGGGAUCAGGGGAGAGAACGCCAACGCACUGCGCACUACAGUGCUCAUGGUCGUCGUGCUGACGGUGAUACUCCUGGGUGGGACGACGUCACGUAUGCUCGAAGUGCUUGGGAUCCGUAUGGGCGUCGAGGAUGACGAUGAGUCUUCUGCCGACGAAGCAGUGUUCCCCAACACGCCCGGGUUCGCGGGGACACGCACGCGGUACCCGGGGAUGAACACGGCUGCAUCGCGAGCUGCGAAUAUCUAUGGUGUGAGCCUGGGAGAUGAGAGCACGUUCUCGCUGAACGACUAUGAUGGUCGGGUGGGCAGGGCAACCGCGCAGCAGAGGGCGAUGCUUGCGAGCGAAGACGAGUACUCUGACACCGAAGUGCUGCCGUACCAAGAUGCGGCACACGGCGGUGUGGCUUCACCCAGGGAGAGCCAAGGGAUUGGGUUGGAGAACAUUGCCGAUCUCCGAGGGGCGCUGCACAUCCCUCGGGACUCGCGCUGGUUUACAGAGAUCGACGAGCGGUAUUUGCUCCCUCUAUUUUCCAACUCUGUCGCUUCCCGCCGAUUUCACGCGCGCAAGGCGAGUGCGAGACGGGCGAGGCAGGGUACGGUUGAGGGCACGCCGGAACGGGAGGAGGAGAGUGAUUCUGAGAUACAUGGGCUUGGGGCGGCUGGACGGGGCUUGGGUGUCGGGGACGGGGUGGAGAGAAGCCAGAACUUUGCGGGGAGCGUAAGCGAUUUCUUUGUCGCGCUUGGGAGUCCGAGGCUGCCGAGUAGUCCUCGUGGGGAGAGAGAGGAUGGGCUGGGGAGAGGAGAUGGGCUGGGAAGGGGGCAUGAGAGGACUGGGAGCAGACAUUCUUGAGUGGAUGGGGGGAGGAGUGUAGAGAGUGAAAGA